AUGCUCGAGGAGCCUACCAUUAGGAUCCCUUAUGAGCUGAUGAGGCGAAAUCACCGAGCCGCACAGAGACAAGUCGAGAGGGACUUUACCGGUGUGCAGUCGUCUCUCAAGACUCUUUUGAAGACGAAAGAGAAACGAUCAGGGGAAGAAGUCCUGAACACGAUUCAAGCCGCCAAAGACCGUAUAAGCGGCCUCAAACGCAAGCUGGAACAACUCCAACCCUCAGCAUCCUCCUCAUCCAUCGGCAGCUCGUCAUCAAAUCUCAAAUCCCGACUCCAAAUCCUCAAAGAUAUGCAAGAAUUAGAGACCGCUCCCAUCUUUGAUGACCAUCCUGGGUAUCGCAAGUUUACCGAGACGAGGCUGGAUCGACUGAUCACUGAAUACCUUCUGCGGACCGGGAAACGAGAGACCGCCUCCACCUGGGCCCGGGAACAGGGGAUCGAGGCCUAUGUGGAUAUCCCGCUCUAUGCAGAAUGUGCGAGGAUCGAAUCGGCGAUGGUAGACAAGAAGAGCUGUUCAGAGGCUUUGGCUUGGUGCGGAGAGAACCGUGGAACUUUGAGGAAAACCAAGAACGACCUAGAAUUCCACCUUCGGAGACAAGAAUACGUCGAACUCUGUCGAUCAGGGAAACGUAACGAAGCCUUGGCGUACGCUAGGAAGCAUUUGGCUUCACAAUGGGCGGAGACGCAUUUCCAGGAGAUUACGGGAAUGAUGGGGUUGUUGGCGUUUCCCAGUUGGACAACUGUCACUAUGUAUCAGGCGAUGUACAGUGAUGAGCGAUGGGAAGGCUUGCGCAGUCAAUUCAAAGAUACCUUUUUCAGCGUCUACGGGAUUACAUCACUACCCUUGCUCUCGCUCGCUGUCUCGGCCGGAUUGUCAACACUGAAGCUCUCUGCAUGUCUCCCAAAUGCACCGCAUGCGACGCCCUCUCAGCCUUCCGAGAUUCCACCUCAGGAUCCGAACACGGCCAUGGUCCUUUCCAUCCCCUCCCUAGCAGCUGCUCCGCCGGUCCAUGUCAUGGACUCGACUACCAUCGAUCCAGCACUCCCGAUGAUGACGGAUCCUACGCCGCUGCACGACCACCCCGAACAUCCUCAGCGCAAUAUCGAUUGCCCGACUUGUGCCAAGGAUCUGAGCAUCUUGGCUAGAGAGGUCCCGUUCUCGCAUCACGUCAACUCGACGCUUGUCUGUCGGAUCAGCGGCGAGGUGAUGGACGACACGAAUUACCCGAUGGCCUUCCCUAACGGUUACGUUUACUCGUACAAUGCCUUACGAGCCAUGGCAAAAGAACACAACGGGGUGUUUGUGACCUGUCCACGAACGGGCGAACAGUGCUCAUUCAGCCGAUUACGAAAGGUGUUCAUCACGUAG